UUAGCUUCUAAUUGGACCGCUCGCUCGUCGGCCAAUGAGGCGAAAGAAGUCUGGCGGAUGACAGGAGAUCCGACACUAAAAAGCAAGGCUAAUAAUGGCUAGUCUCCGGCCAAGAAGGUAACAGUAGCGCCGGCUAUAACGACUGACAUACGUUUGCCCCUUUCACCAUUAACCAACGAUCCUCUCACCUCUGUCUGCUCUCCGCCAUCCAGGCGCCAUGAUGAGACAGACGGGCGCUAGAUCGAAAACUGGCUGUAAGACGUGUCGGAUCCGACGCGUCAAGUGUGACGAAGCACGACCCGUUUGCAACCGAUGCUCAUCGACGGGCAGAAAGUGCGACGGAUACGAGGUUUCCUCGGUCGGAAUCGCGAAGCGGAUCUUGAUUCCCAGGACAUACUCGUCCCCAGCCCCGUGCGCGGCGGUGGGCUGUUUCCCCCAUCUCAGCCCUGCCGAGGCUGAGAGCUUUGUCUACUUCCGAGACCAUACCAGUCAGGAGGCGAAGGGAUGGUUUGCUUCCGCGAUCUGGCAGCGAUUGAUUCUGCCUCUGGCCCAUCGAGAAUUCGCGGUGAUGCAUGCAGCGGUUGGCGUGGGAGCCAUGCAUCGCAGCACGCGCGGCCAAAGUCCGUCCCUACGCCUACCGGGUUGCAUGGAGUCGCAUCGCAGUUUUGCCCUGGCCCAGUAUGUCAAAGCGAUCCGCCAGCUACGCGAGCGACUGUAUCGCUUUGAGCAUGACCGACAGAAUCCCGAAAUCGCGCUGGUCGCCUGUCUCCUGUUCGUAUGUUUGGAAAUGCUGCAGGGGAACCGACUCGGGGUGUUGGUGCAUCUGCAGAAUGGCCUCCGUGUUCUGGCCAGCAUACCCAGCCAAGUUCGCCGAAUCGAUAACGGCGAACACCAGUGCCUCCUCGUCACCCGAGAACGACCGACGGGCGUGGAGCAGAUCACGGAGAUCUUGGUGCAACUGGACGUGGAUUCCACCGCGUUCGGUGAGCGAGCCCCAGCCUUCCGAAUAGCUUCGGCCCUGGACUCCCCCGGACCGGGACGCCUCUUGCCCUCGAGAUUUAGUGACCUCCUCGAAGCUCGACACUUUCUGGGUUGCCUCACAAGCAGGGCCCACCAUAUCCGUGGGAACCUGCUGAGCCUCAGUGGGCAAUUUUGUCGGGAUUCUCCGCGCGAUGCAGCCUGGCGGUGUUGCAUGGAAUUCGCCGGUAUCAGGAUGCUCCGCGCAUCCCAGCAUGCAGCCCUAUUCGCGAAUAUGAGAACCCUCGAAAGGGAUUUGGCCCACUGGCUGGAUGCCUUUCAGCAUCUGACGCAGAGCAGCUCCGACGACACUCAGUCUUGCACUUUUCUGGAGAUCCAAUUUCAUUCCGUGUUUCUUCAGCUUACCACCUGCCACAACGACCGCGAAACCUACUGCGACCAAUUUGCCUCCACAUUUCAACGCAUCGUCGAUCUCUGCAGCUUAUUGAUUGACGACACAGCCCGCUCCACGGGGCCCACGUUUGUGCUCGACUCCGGUCUGAUCCCCUCUCUCUAUAUCACGGCGAUCAAGUGUCGCCAGCGCGAGAUCCGACAUCGAGCUAGCUCGUUGCUAUCCCGGUAUUCCUGUCAAGAAGGCAUGUGGGAGCCGGCCCUGAUGGGCCACUUUGUCCACGAGGUCAGCCGGCUGGAGGAAGAAGCGGCGAGGUCUGCGACCGGGCAGGGGGCUUCGACGGGGAUGAGAUUUGAGGACGUGCCCGAAGCAGCUCGAUUCUGCGUCGUCAUUCUGGCAGUGACGGAGCGCGUGGGCGAGGGAAGGCUUGUCUGUGCACGAUAUCGGCACGAGACGACGGGGGAACUGGAGAUCACCGAGCACUUGAUCCCGGUCCCCCUGACGGAGUGA